AGUCAACAAAGCAAGCGUGGGCUGGUUUGCUAACCUGGAUAUUGGAUACUUUAUAUUUUGUUCCAGACAUAAUGAUAAAAUGCCGAUUUGUAUGCUUGUCAGUCAGGAAGCAACGCACAGACCAAUUCUGCUGCCUCACCUUCAGCCAGUUGUUCUCGGUCGUGGGCCAGAAACCACUAUUAAAGACAAAAAAUGCUCCAGGGAACAAGUUGAGUUGAAAGCAGACUGCCGCAAAGGUUUUGUCAAAGUUAAACAGCUUGGUGGAAACCCCACCUCCAUAGACUCUGUGGUGGUGGGUCAGGGAAAGGAGGUCAAAAUGAAGCCUGGCCAGUUGCUCUGCAUCGUCAGUGAGCUGUACCCAUACACUGUACAGUUCAAAGAAGAUCCAGAAAGUGGCUCCAGUAGUUGUAAGAGACCGCGUGAUGUGUCUUCAAAGGAUAAAUGCCUUCCAGAGGCUCCCAGUGUAAAAGCAACCAAAAAGACAGAACAAUUGCCUGAUUCUGUCAGAGCAGGAGAGUCAAAGGUGAUCACAGAAAGUAUUGGACAUUGGAGCCAAGGGCUGAAGGCUUCAAUGCAAGACCCCAAUAUGCAGGUGUAUAAGGAUGAUAAAGUAGUCAUAAUCAAGGACAAAUACCCUAAGGCACGUUACCAUUGGCUUGUCCUUCCAUGGAUAUCCAUUCCCAGCCUGAAGGCCCUGCGUGAUGAGCACUGCAGCCUGCUCAAGCACAUGCAGCAUGUAGCUGACCAGAUGGUUCAUCAGUGCCCACAAGCAAGCACCUUGGACUUUCGCACUGGGUACCAUGCCAUCCCCAGUAUGAGUCAUGUGCACCUUCACGUCAUCAGCCAAGACUUUGAUUCUCCUUGCUUGAAGAACAAAAAGCACUGGAACUCGUUCACCACAGACUAUUUUAUCAAGUCUCAAGAUGUCAUCCAUAUGCUUGAAACUGAUGGAAAGGUAACAGUCAAAGAAGGCACCAGCGAGUUGUUGAAGCUACCUCUGCGUUGCCACUUGUGUCAUAAAGAACUUGCCACCAUACCAGCACUGAAACAACACCUGAAGUCCCAUUUCCCAGCUGAGAGUAUGACCUCAAAUGCAACAUAGUCCCUCAUAUGUUCAUAGCUUCAAUAUGAGACCCCUGCGAUUGCCUGGCGUCCAGUCCAGGGUGUACCCCGCCUCUCUACCACAGUCAACUGGAAUGGGCUCCAGCUCACCAGUGACUAGUGAGGAUAAACAGUAUAGAAAAUGGAUGGAUGGAAUAUAAGUCUUCUUAUUCUGGACAUAUUUAUUCAAAGAUGAUGGCACAACAGUUCACAUACAGUACUUCUUUUUCACACAUUUCAAUGCUUUUUAAUUGUUUUGUAAAAUUCAGUUAAUUGUGAUUAUGCCACGGGCUUCUGGUUUUUUAGGAUUACGUAAACUCUGUUUCAUCGUGUCUGUCUUAUCCCCAUGCAAAAUGACUGCAUUCUUCAAAAGAUUACAGAACAUACCAAAUCAUUCGCUGAAUGACGCGAGUAGUAGUAUUCAAGCAAAUUGAGCCGCGAGUUCAGUACGAGUACAUGCCGAAACAAUUUUUUUGUUAUUUUUAUUGAUCAACAAGGAUGGUGGAGCUAAUCAUUACUUAUUCCUUUUUUGAAACUUUUCUUUCCAUUUUAGGGGGA